AUGUCAGUGAGCAUCAACGACGCCGAAAGUCAAGUCCUGCUCGGUAUUCAAAUAACAAACACUAUUGUGUUGCUUAAUAUCAAUCAAACAAGUACAACGUUUCUGUUACCACCGCAGACGCUCUCAAACGGAAAGGGAAUAGGAAUGGGUAAAACAGUCGACUGGCUCGAUGAGAAUACUUCUCUAGUCCUAGUUAAUACAUAUUCUCUCAGUUACGUUUGGUCAGCAUCACAAAUUUUUACCUAUAAUAUGAACACCAAUCAUAACUUCACCAUCGUGUCUAUUAUACCGAACACUCAGCAAACAUUGGCGCCUGGAAUCGGUCCUAUUUUAAUCUCACUUGUUGGUACUCAAAGCGGUGUGAUAAUACUGUUAGAUUCACAAGGCAAUUAUUACAUCAUUCUCCCAACACCUCUUGGUGACACUUCAGACACUAGCACUAACUUAGUUUCAUCAAAUUUACCAUGCAUGCCUGGUACUUUCAGCUCCGCUUUUAAUAUCCAGCCGUGCUCGCUUUGCCCUGAGAAUUACAGUACAUUUGGCUUAACUGGUCAAGUAUCCUGUGAGCUAUGUGCCAGUAAUGCUUUUUGUCCGCUGGGAGCAGCCUUCGGAAAUGUCAGCGCGUCUUCUUUACUUACAAGUACCAAUCAAGCAGCAGCCUAUCCUUUGCCACCCCAGUCGGUUCAAUUCGAGAAUAUUCUAAUGGAAAAUAUGUUUACUAUUAGUUUCUCUUCAUCCAAUCGUUGUCUGCUCGUAUCACCCUUAUUUUGGGUAUUGAUCAGUAUGUUAUUAGGUAUACUCAUCGCACUUGUUAUGACCAUUCUCAAAUACUGCGCCACUCAUCCUCUAGGAAAGAAAACACGAAGGGGACUCAAACAAUUUUUCAAGCACUUCGAUCUUAUUGGUGAAGGCGAUUUGUGGAUAGGUGGUAUAGCUAGUUUUGCUAUUCUUAUCCUAGUUAUAUUCGCCUAUGUGUUCAGUAAUGGCUACUUUUAUCGUUAUCCCAUCGAAAAAAUCAGUGGUAAUGCUACAUUUGCUUGUGAUCUAACCUUAUCGAACGCUCAAUUCAGUACCCGCUUGAUGUCUCUGAUGGUUUCUCCAAAAGCCGAUGAAUUACCCAUAUUUGAACUUCUCAACGCUCAGCUAUUUACACUGCAUGUUGACUUUGUCAAUACAUUUUUUUCAUGCACGGAUGUGACCCUAACACAAAUCAAAGACAUAAAUCUACCUCUGCCAAUUUCGUCCUGUAAUAGCAGCGAUGGCAGCUUAUCACUUGCAGCUAUUUUACCAUCACAUGGUGUGAAUUUACAGUUUCUGCUCGCUGGUAUCAAUACUAUCGGUGGUAUUCGUCUAGCCCUUGAAGGAUCGGGUACUCAACAGGAGAAUGACAUUCUCCAGGCUAGUUACACGCUUGUCGAUAUCACAUUUGCACAGGCAUUUUCAGCUUCUGGUCUUCUUCUCACACAACAGCCAUCGUUCACAUUUCAGCUCACUAAAAUGAUUAAUCGCACUUAUCCACUUACUGAAGACGGCCAGACACAAUUGAGUGGUAUUUGGAUGCCUUACGUUUCGACUGAUAUCAAUGAUAUCUUUGUUAAUGAAAAUGAUGAUCAAGAAGAAAAUUCAUGUACCGGUGGAUUACGUGUUGUAAGUAAACAAUCAAAUGAACUUUGUAGUGUUGCAUUCGAUAAAUUAAUGGUACGAGUGAAGUCUGUUUUGAGAUUGAAUAGCUUCAUGGAUGCAUCACUAGCUGGUGUUCGUAAUGAAACAUAG